UAUUAUUGUUAUGAUGGCCAUUCAGUGAUCAUACGGAACUGGGUGUGGUGAUCUCACGAUGUCCACGCCAGGUAUAUAACGUGGGGGACGACCAUUAGACGACCAGUUCCCAUCGGAAGACAAUUGAAAUGGAGCUGAAAGAAGUUUUGGGAGUUGUGAUCACCGUUGGCCUGGCGUGGUGCGCCCACGCGGCGGUCACAUGCGACGGCCCCGGCCGCUUCGCCGACCCCGCCGACACCACCUGCCAGCGCUACACCCUGUGUGUGUACGACGCGUCCACCGCCGGCUUCCUCUCCUACAACUACACCUGCCCCUCCACCUCCGUCUUCAACCCCGACACGGCGCGCUGCACCGACUCGUCCAACUACGAGUGUGUCGCUCCGGCCGCCAACGAAACCUCCAUCUGUACCGCAGACGGCUACAUCCCCGACCCUGACGCCGUCAACUGCACCACCUACAUCGAGUGCGUUGAGGUCAACGGCACGUUUAUAGAAAACCCGCUGACCUGUCCUCCUGCAUCUUUCUUCAACCCUACGUCAGGGCUGUGCGAAGGCACGUAUGUUUGUCCGACGACGGCGGCUUUCUCAUGCACGGCUCCAGGCCGGUUCGCCGACACUACGGACCCCAGCUGCCAGGCGUACUUCCUGUGUGUGCCGCUGCUGAACGGAACCCUCACCCACUAUUCGUACACUUGCCCGUCGACUUCGGUGUUCAACCCUGGCACUUCGCUCUGCACCUCCAAUUAUAAUUGUGCUGGCUGAUGCUCUGGAUUGGUGAAUAUUUUGUAAAGUA